CUUUGAAUGCUUUACCUCUGUCCUGUCUAGGAGCGUCGUCCCACCUGCUCCGGACCCACUUGCUUUCUGCUGCUUGUUCGCACUUCACCUCUCCAGCUGCCGCCAUGCUGUCCUCCCGCUCUCCGCUCUCCACGGUCCCCGACCAGCAGCAGCAGCAGCAGCUUCGUCUUUCGCCUCUCAAGGCGCUCAAGCUUACAGACAAGGAGAACACGGUCCGUGGGGGGUCGGAGAACACGCCCCCCUCCACGAACAGCACCCGCAUUCUGGCCACUAAGACGGCGAGAAAGAUUUUCCAGGAGCCCUCAGAGCCGGUAAAAGCCCCCAGUGAGCCUGCUCCCUCCAGCAGUGAAGAUGAACCGCUCCUAAGGGAGAAUCCCAGGCGCUUUGUCAUCUUCCCCAUUGAGUACCAGGACAUUUGGCACAUGUAUAAGAAAGCAGAAGCUUCCUUCUGGACAGCUGAGGAGGUGGAUCUCUCUAAGGACAUUCAGCACUGGGAAGCACUGAAGCCUGAGGAAAAAUACUUUAUUUCUCACGUGUUAGCUUUCUUUGCAGCAAGUGAUGGCAUAGUAAAUGAAAAUUUGGUGGAGCGGUUUAGCCAAGAAGUACAGAUAACUGAAGCCCGUUGUUUCUAUGGCUUCCAAAUUGCUAUGGAAAACAUACAUUCUGAAAUGUAUAGUCUACUUAUUGACACUUAUAUUAAGGACUCCAAAGAAAGGGAAUUUCUCUUCAAUGCCAUUGAAACACUACCUUGUGUUAAAAAGAAAGCUGACUGGGCCUUGAGAUGGAUUGGGGACAAAGAAGCAACAUAUGGUGAACGUGUUGUAGCUUUUGCAGCUGUUGAAGGAAUCUUCUUUUCUGGUUCUUUUGCAUCCAUAUUCUGGCUCAAGAAACGAGGUUUAAUGCCUGGAUUAACUUUUUCUAAUGAACUAAUUAGUAGAGAUGAGGGUUUACACUGUGAUUUUGCUUGCUUAAUGUUCAAACACCUGGUACAUAAGCCUUCAGAAGAAAGAGUAAAAGAAAUUAUCAUCAAUGCUGUUAGGAUAGAACAGGAGUUCUUGACUGAAGCUUUGCCUGUAAAAUUGAUUGGAAUGAAUUGCACUUUAAUGAAACAGUAUAUUGAAUUUGUAGCAGACAGACUCAUGUUGGAACUAGGUUUUAGCAAGAUUUUUAGGGCAGAAAAUCCAUUUGAUUUUAUGGAGAAUAUCUCAUUGGAAGGAAAAACUAACUUCUUUGAGAAGAGAGUAGGAGAAUACCAGAGAAUGGGAGUGAUGUCAAGUUCAACUGGGAAUUCUUUUACCUUGGAUGCAGACUUCUAGAUGAAUUGAAAACAUGCUAUUAGCUGGUUUUUUCCCCCCACCAGGAAAAUCAGUUGCUUUUAAUGCUACACAGUGAAAUGACUGUACUAAGAAAAAUAGCCAUUAUUGGCCUUUGAGACUGUUGUGUAGCUACCUCGGAAAUUAACAUUUUCAGGGUGUGGUGUGGUGGUUCUUGACACAAGCUACUCAGAUUUUUGUAAAAGAUCUGAAGAUGAAAAUGAAAGUAUUAAUGCUUUUGCAAGAAGACUGAUCUUAGAUGGUUUUCUGUAGCUCAAAUGUCUUAGCCAUUUUGGCCUUUAGAAUGGGGAGAUCCUUUAAGCUAGUUUAAUGCAACAGAUAAAACCCUUGGUUUCUAGGCAGAUACAUCCAUAGUUGGAAAAAUGGCAGCCUCACUGCUUGCUACAAAGCAGGUUUUAAAAGUUUACUUUAUUAUUUUUUAAAUAGUUUGUACAUAAAGCUGGCACUUUACAUAAAAAUUAAAAAAUUGUACUAUUGAAAGGUGAAAAUCUGAGUUACUAGAUUGUCAUUGUUUCAUGCUACUUCUACAUAAAGGAUUGUGAUUUUA